UAUGUUGAGAACACAAUUUAUUCUACUUGAAGAUAACCAAUUAUAUGUUUGAUAAUUUUCUUGUGUUUUUCAGGUGAAACCCAUAUAUGACGUGGUUUCGGCUCGGUUUCGCAACACCUACACUCCAGACGAGAACAUCGCCAUUGAUGAGGGGAUGGUCCCGUGGAGAGGACGUUUGAAGUUCAAACAGUACAUACCCAACAAGCCAGACAAGUUUGGUAUGAAAGUCUACAUUGCUAGUGAAAGCAAGUCUGGCUAUGUGUGUGACUUCAACGUCUACACUGGUGCAGACUUCGAUCCUGACCCUAACGCAGAAGUAGGCGAAGUUCAGUUGGGCCAUUCCUAUGGCGUGGUGAUGGGGCUGCUACGAAGAUCAAAUCUUCUGAACAAAGGCUAUUGCCUGUAUGUUGUCAACUAUUACUCAUCUCCAACCCUGUUCGACAGAUUGUCUGCUGAGAACACGAUAGCUGUUGGAACUGUACGACUAAAUCGCCGUGAAGUGCCGGUUGCCCUGAAACAUAAAACAAAACGAGGCGAUGUUAUAUAUAGGCAACGUGACAAUCUCCUGGCUUUGAAAUGGACUGAUAAAAGGGAAGUUAGUAUGCUGUCUACAAAGCAUAAACACACAAUGGUGGUAACUACAAAGACUGACCAUUACAGUGGGGAUCCAGUUGUAAAACCACUGUGUAUUCUGGAUUACAACAGACACAUGGGUGGCGUGGAUCGCUCCGAUCAGCUCGGGAAGUAUUACAGUUUUUCAAGGAAAACCAACAAAUGGUGGCUGAAACUGUUCUUUCACAUCAUCAAUCUAGUGGUUACAAACGCGUACAUUUUGUAUCUGAAAAAUCGUGGCGAUGGAAGACCACUGACGCACUACAAGUUUCGGCUUGAGCUUGCGAAGCAGUUGAUGGCCAGCCAUGAGAUGGUGAAGGUUCCUCGUGGGCGUCCAUCAAUCCAUCGGGAUCAGGAGAAGCGCCUGACAGAACGUCAUUUCCCUUGCCUCAUUCCAGCCAAAGAAGGAGCAAAGGUGAAAAAUCCCACCAGGAAGUGUGUGGUAUGCAACGAAAGCAGUGGGAAGCGUCAUACUCCAGGAGAGACCAGAAAACGUCGUGAAACCAGAUACUGGUGCAAGGACUGCGAAAAACCUCUGUGUGUGGUACCUUGUUUUGAAAGGUAUCAUACUCUGGUCAACUACCAGUUGAAUGAAAUUGACAUUGAAGAUUGAAACAAUAUGUAAUCAUUCACACUGUUCUGAAAGACAAAGCAGAAUUGAAAUGGUGUUCUGAAUAUUUUAUUUUAUUCUAUACACCUGUAAUCAGCUUACCUGUAGAUUACACCUGAGUUUUUCUUGAAUCAAAACUUGUUUUUUCAUUGUACUGUAAUCAAUAAAUAGUUUUCAAUAUCUAUAUCAUUUUUAUUACAUUUAAGUCAGCUUAAAUUUAUCUGUUUACUAAAGUUAUAGGGUAAAAAAACUGUGUUACAAUAGGAAAAUUGGU